AUGCGUUUGACAAAACGGGAUGGUGUGGCUGUGAUGUGUUGUCUCGUGUUUUCGGCGUUGGAAAAGUGUGUUUUGUUCGUUCGGGGACCUUGGAUGAGGACUUAUGAGCGUGUCGGUGCACUCUGUGGUAGUGGAGGGGCCAAACGCGAAGACCCGGGGCCCGUUCACGUUUGCUAACUCGCCGCGGGCUCUGUACAACAAUGUCAAAUUCAAGAAGGUCCCGUCAUGCGGCAGCAUGGGUACAGUGGCGCCGUACUCCAACGUGAUGCACGACCGCCGCGUGGUGAGGGGCAGCACCGUGCAUGCUCAUGCCGCUGGUGACAGCGUGGACAGCAAUACGGCGCGUGUGGCGCGUACGCGGCGGCGCGCGCUCGCGCGUCGUGCGGCGUUAGCGCGGUUGCGGCCCGGGACGCCGCCCCCCGCACCUGGCAGGCAGCACCAUCCUAUACAGACUGACCAGUAUCUGGAGGAGCUAUUUGACAAGGGAGUGGAAAUGGAGAUCGGCGUCCAAACGGAUCUGUUCGCGGACCGGCCGAGCACUCCACUGUACGUACCCGCCAAGACCGGCGCUGACGCCUGGACGCAGAUAUACCCCGGGGAUCUGUUCGACUUCGACACGGAAGUGCAGCCGAUCCUCGAAGUGUUGGUCGGCAAGACGGCCGAGCAAGCGCUGGCUGAAGUGGCUCAGGAGGAGGAGUUGGAGGCUCUGAGAGAACAGCAGCGGCGGUACCGCGAGCUGCGCGACGCUGAGCGUGCUGAAAGACGCCGCCUGGAGGAGCAGGACAGACGAUUAAGCCAGGAGAAGGAGCGCCGCAUAGAGCAAAGUGCAGCAGCAGCGGUAGCAGCACAGGAGGCGAAGGCGCGAGUGGCUGCAGCGGCGCUGGUGCGAGGAUACGUGGCCGACCUGCUGCCCGCCGCGCUCGCUGGCCUGCGGACAGCUGGACACCUGCAGAGUGAGCUGCAGAGAGGUGUAGAGGAUGAGUUCAUGCCGUGGCUGAUCCAAGAGGUGUCGCUGGAGAUCGAGUCCAUCAUCACCAGCAGAGACGUCAUCACCGAGAUUGUACGAGAGGUGGUUGAAGCUCGUGCGGACCGGUACGCCGCGGAGCCCGAGAGGAUAUCCAUACCCGACACGGAGACACCGCCCUCGCACAUGAGCGAAGAAACAGAAGAAAACGUUUUAGAAGAAGAAGAAUGAGACAACAACGGACAUUUUGUAGUGAAAUUCUUUAGUGACUAUUUAGAGCAAAGUAUGUGAAAGAAAAUGUAAAAAAUUUGUUAAGCGUAUCUUAAAAUCUUCAGAAUGUUUUAAAGCUAUUUUAUAUUUUUAAAUUUUAACCAACCCAGAUAUUAUUUUACUAACAUCCGUUUUUCUGGUAAACUAUCGGGUUAUACUCUAGCUGACAGAUUGUUAACAGCGUAGCGAAACCACCGUAGAAAUAGUUCAAGUUCAAGUUCAAAAUUUUUAUUUGCAACCAAGUACAUAUAUAAAUCAAA